AUGUCGUCUUCUUUUGAGCAAAUGAAGGCGAACGUGGGAAAACUCCUGCGUGGAAUCGACCGCUACAACCCUGAAAACUUGUCGACGCUGGAGCGCUAUGUGGAGACGCAAGCCAGAGAAAACGCGUACGACCUGGAGGCUAAUUUGGCCGUGCUCAAACUGUAUCAGUUCAACCCGGCUUACUUCCAGACCAAUGUGACAUCCCAGAUUCUGCUUAAGGCACUGACCAACUUGCCUCAUACGGACUUCACGCUUUGCAAGUGCAUGAUCGACCAGACACAUCAAGAGGACGGCCCUAUCAAGCAGAUCCUCUACUUAGGAAACCUGCUGGAGACAUGUCACUUCCAGAGCUUCUGGACGAGUCUUGAGGAGAAUCGCGAGCUCAUCGAUGGAAUUGCUGGGUUUGAAGAUUCGGUCCGCAAGUUUAUUUGCCAUGUGGUGGGCAUCACCUACCAGACCAUAGAGCGCCGCCUGUUGGCUGAAAUGCUGGGAGACCCUCUGGACAUGCAGGUGAAAGUGUGGAUGAACAAGUACAACUGGACAGAGACAGAAGACGGGCAGGUCUUUGUCUUCAACCAGGAGGAGAGCGUCAAGCCCAAGAACAUUGUGGAGAAGAUCGACUUUGAGAGUGUGUCUAGCAUCAUGGCCACCUCCCAGUGA